CGCAUCGCUUCUUCCCUCUCAUCCUUCCUUUCUCUCUGAGUCCAAUCCCUCAAAGGUGAAAUCCAUCAAAAAGAACGAACCAGCCCAAAAUGGCGUCCAGCUUACUGAGACGCGGUGUAUCUCUGGCCAGAACGGCGGCGGCGUCACCAUCGACAGCGGCGAGGCUGGUGGCGGCCCGCCCUCACGCCUCCGAGGCGGAGGCACAGAAGGUGGAGCCGAAGGCCCGCCCAACCACCGACGUCAAGACCUUCCAAAUCUACCGAUGGAAUCCGGACAACCCGUCGAAGCCGCAGCUUCAGGACUUCCAAAUCGACCUCAAGGAGUGCGGGCCCAUGGUGCUCGACGCCCUUAUCAAGAUCAAGAACGAGAUGGAUCCGUCCCUGACCUUCCGACGUUCCUGCCGGGAAGGGAUCUGUGGAUCCUGCGCGAUGAACAUCGACGGGUGCAAUGGGUUAGCUUGCUUGACCAAGAUUCCCGAAUCGUCCGCUGGGCCGACGAUGAUCACGCCGCUGCCGCACAUGUUCGUGAUUAAGGAUCUCGUGGUGGAUAUGACGAAUUUUUACAAUCAGUACAAGAGUAUUGAGCCGUGGCUGAAGAGGAAGAGCCCUCCGGAGAAUCCAGGGAAGGAGAUUCUGCAGAGUAAGAAGGAUAGGGCGAAGCUGGAUGGGAUGUAUGAGUGCAUAUUGUGUGCUUGCUGUAGCACUUCGUGCCCUAGCUAUUGGUGGAAUCCUGAGUCGUACUUGGGACCUGCGGCCCUGCUUCAUGCUAACAGAUGGAUCAGCGACAGCCGAGAUGAGUACACCAAGGAGCGACUGGACGCCGUGAACGACGAGUUCAAGCUCUACAGGUGCCAUACUAUCUUGAAUUGCGCUCGUGCCUGCCCAAAGGGGUUGAACCCUGGGAAGCAGAUCCAGAAUAUCAAGGGUCUUCAAAUGAGCGGUCCUGCUGCUUGAGUUUGAUUAAUACUAGUUUUGGAGGGAGAAGCAUUGAGGAUUUGCAUUGACCAGUUUAUUAUUUCGGAUAUAAACUUGUUUUGUGGUAGUUUUAAAUAAUUUGUACAAACAAUUGUAUUUUGCUCAAUCGAUCCUCUUUGUAUUUAAGUGUUGUCAUUGGGACUUUUGUCCCUCGUCUCUUCAGAAUAAUACAGGUUUGGGGAUGGCUAUGUUCUGUGAAGUUAGCUUGACCUUGCACCUCAUUGGCAGUAGAACUGGAAAGAUUGGUGCUUUGGCUUGUGACAUUUGAGGAUAGUUAACCCCUAUAGUUCGGCUUGUGGUUCCAAUUGCCCUAUUUCUCAUCCAAAGUUUACAAAAGCUCAAACUUAUUUUAUUUUUUAUGUCAAAUUUCUUUAGUCGGAUGUUUGAUGUUUAACAUUGUUAAUGUG